AUGAAGGCAUUGGCCCGCAGACACUGCUAUUGGAAAAAUAUUGACAAAGACAUCGAAGCAGCAGUGAGAAGCUGCAGGAGCUGUUGCAAAUUUAAAGCAGAUCCAAAGGAGGCACCUCUACAUGUGUGGGAUGUACCAGAGUCCAACUGGCAACGUGUCCACAUGGACUAUGCAGGCCCAUACAAAGGUAACUAUUACCUCAUCCUAGUUGAUGCCAAGUCAAAGUGGCCUGAAAUUACAGUGACAGCUACUCCACUAACUACAAAUUCAACCAUUAGGAUGUUGAGGGAAAUAUUCUCUUACAAUGGACUUCCAGAGAUCCUGGUCAGUGACAAUGCCACACUUUUCACUUCCAAUGACUUUCAAGCAUUUUGCAAACGAAAUGGAAUUAAACAAAGAUUUAUUGCCCCAGGCCACCCAGCAACAAAUGGAUUGGCUGAACGCUACGUCCAGACUUUCAAGAAGAAACUUAAGACAAUGACAUCUGACGAAGGCACUCAUCAUGAGAAGUUCCAUGCAGCUCUGUUCAGAUUGCGUGUUACACCAUUGGAGUCAGGAGAAACACCAGCAGAACUCUUCAUGGGUCAUCCACUACGAACACAUCUAGACGUCUACAAACCCACUAUCCCUGACAUCAACCUAGCAGUCCAACCACCACCUAAACUAGUCCGUCAUUUGCCCUUAGGAGCCAGGGUGCAGGCUCAUAACUACACCACAUCAGGCAAGUGGCACUACGGAACCAUUGUAGAAUGUCUUGGUAGGCUCCACUACCUUGUUGAACUGGAUGAAGGAUACACAAUCAAGAGACACAUCGAUCAACUUCAACUAUGUGAAAUUCCUCUCACAAAGAAUGCACUUGACCAGUCUUCUCCAAUUGUUACCUUGAAGAUACCUGACUUCAGACCAAGACAACAAUUGUGCAGCAACCAACAAGAUGUUCCAGUGUCUGGUCAAGAAUAUCACCAACCAACUGACAUGAACACGGAUUUGACACAAUAUGCCCUGCAACCACCUCAAAAUGCAGACAUGCAACAGAGAACACCCAUGUCAACAACUGGAGUUGUUGAGCAACAGGUUGAUCCCAGUUCCAGAGCCCAGGACCAGCCUAGGCGUUCCAACCGAGAGCGAAGACCAGUCAAUAAAUUGAACUUGUAA